AUGGUAUCCACUGUGGUAGGCGAUUACUCCGGUCGCGUGUAUGUUCGAGGCAAUGUACUUCAGCACAAUCACGCGGACCCUUCGCUUAGCAUCUUCAAAGCGAGAUUCGGCACUGAAUCUUUCGUCGUGAAACGCGUGUCUCGACCAUUCUUUGAUUUGUCCAUACGUCUUGCAGCCGAGUUCACGGACACUCAUGAACGGGUCCUGGUAUACCCAUACUUCGAUUCUACUCUACUUGCUUUGAUCAAGGACGAUCCCGAUUUGAUACACACACAACGGAAGAAGAUUUUACGCUACACUGCGGAAGCUAUACAAGAGCUUCACAGCAAAAAUUGGAUUCACAUCGAUAUCAAACCGGACAAUAUUUUGGUCAAUCUGGAUGGCGGGGACACCAAAGAAAUCACCAAUGCUGUCUUAGGCGACUUCGAUAUUGCUUACCGCUUGGAUGAUGGAAAGGGGCUGCGAACUCGCCACGCUAUUGGCAACGCCAUGUGGCGAAGUCCCGAGGGCCAAACGGCAGUAGGCGUGACCAAGGCUUCAGACACUUAUUCAUUUGGACUCGUAGACCUGCUUCGCUUUGGUAUCACGCCAGAGCAAGAGGUAUUGGGUCGCCAUUUCACCUACUUCGGACCUGUCCCAGACGCGCUCUAUAGGCGUGUCGAUGACGAAGCUGGCUGUGCGCUCCUGAGAGACAUGUCCAUGAUUGCGGACGAAACGGUCGAGAAUCAACCUGAACGCAGAUUUCUCUACUGGAGCAGAGAGCUUGGUCCAGUGGCCCAAGAUGCGAUCUCUCAGAUGACUACAUUGGAUCCUACGGCCAGACCGACAAUCGAACAGGUGUUGGUGCACCCAUGGUGGCAGGAGGAUUAA